UUUGGCAUGGCAAAUUCACAGAUAGGAAAGGGAAGAAAGAGGAGUUUCUCAAUUUGGGCAUUAUGCAAUGCAAUCCCUCUCACACUCACGUUUACUGGCUCACACAUACGCCACGGCCCUCAUCCCGUUUCGGAACCCGCCAUCAAUCAUACGGACCGUUUCGUCCACAAACGCUAGGAUUCAUGGUUCGAAACUGAGGAGGAUGGAGAAAAGAGAUGAAAAUCAAAAGAGUGUAGCUGUGGAGAGCACCGCAAGAUUAAACAACCCCCGUGUUGAUAAGCUUCAACAACUCGUACACAAGGAAUCUACUGAUGGUUGGGAAAAGAGUUGGGAGCAAGGUGUGACCCCAUGGGAUUUAGGACAACCGACACCAAUUCUUGUACAUCUUCAUCAAACAGGAGCUCUUCCCAAGGGUAGGGCUUUAGUCCCUGGCUGUGGCAGUGGUUAUGAUGUAGCAGCAAUUGCAUGCCCUGAACGCUAUGUUGUUGGAUUGGAUAUAUCAGACAUUGCCAUUAAGAAAGCAGUGGAGUUGUCUUCCUCAUUACCGAAUGCAAGUUAUUUUAACUUCUUAAAGGCGGACUUUUUCACUUGGAAUCCAAGUGAAUUGUUUGAUCUCAUUCUCGAUUAUACGUUCUUUUGUGCCAUUGAACCAGACAUGAGGUUGGCUUGGGCACAGAGAAUUCGUGAUUUAUUGAAACCUGGUGGAGAGCUCAUAACACUAAUGUUUCCAAUCAGUGAUCAUGUUGGUGGACCCCCAUUCAAAGUAUCAAUUUCAGAUUAUGAAGAGGUAUUACUUCCCAUGGGCUUUAUGGCAGUAUCCAUUGUGGAUAAUGAACUGGCUAUUGGACCACGCAAGCUUUUACAGGGAAGAGAGAAGCUUGGCAGGUGGAAGAGGUCCCUAGCCCAAUGCUCACUAUGAUAACGGCGGUCGUCUUGUGAAAAGUGGAGCGUUUGGGGACAGUGAAAUUGUUCAUAUAUUGAUUAUGACAAUAAAACAUAAAGAAUCGUUAUAAUAAUUUGAUUAUUGUAAAAUGUUAUCAAUAAGUCUAGCAACACAACUUUUACCUGCAAUUUUGAAUUUAUUUGUUGAUA